CGACCACGGGGAAAGCUCACUCGCACCCCAGUAGCCAGUAGCGGUGGUAGUCGAGGGUGGCAUUGCUUGCCGAACGGAGAACGAGCAGGAGCUUUCUUUCUCUCUUUCUGUCGCCGUCAUCUCUUUCUUUCUCUCUCAUUCUCUCUCUCUCUCUCUCUCUCUCCCCCUUUUUCCUCUCACCUGUCUACCUAUUUAUCUAUUUCUCUCGAGGACCUGUCGCAUCACACCUGUCGCACCGGACCUGUGAAGCAAAUACGAGUGAACCAAGCAGCGUCGUGAACAUGAGGUCCUGCUUGCUGUGGCUGUCCCUCCUCCUGUUGGUCGUCCUGGCCGACAGGAGCUUCGCCAGCCCUUACUUCGACGAGGAGGACGACGGUCUCCAGACUGGCGGCGACUCGGAUUAUACAGACAACGAUCUGGAGAAUCUGAUGCGCGCGGCGCAGCAAAAACGUACCUCGUUGAUAUACCUGUUUAGGCGGGCCUGCAUAAGACGCGGCAGCAACUGCGACCACCGGCCGAAGGACUGCUGCUAUAGCUCCAGCUGCCGCUGCAACCUCUGGGGCUCCAAUUGUCGGUGUCAACGGAUGGGUCUCUUCCAGAAGUGGGGCUAAGUCGUGUCCCACUAAGCCCCCGUCCGACUUGCAGCCCUCGUCCCCUUUUUCUUCUCUUUCCUUGGUCAUCCUACCCUCGAUUGUUGGUCUUUUACUUCUCUCUCUCUCUCCCUCUCUCUCUCUCUCUCUCUCUCUUUCCCUCUCCCUCCUCUCCUUUCUCGUUCCCUCCUCCUGCGACGAAUGUCUUCCCUCGAGCACUUGGACGUUCCUGCCGUGUGACUUCAGCCGGUGCAUCUAUGUCCCGUGGGUACACCAACGACGUUCCCGCCGCUUGCGACUUGCAUUCUCGACUCAAGACAAAGGCCUCGAUGAUAAUACGCUUCGACAAUCUCCCCUCGCGCGUGUCUCAAGUCCUCCCUCGGUAGGAAGAGGGAGAGAGGGGGGAGGGUAUACACAUACUGCUAAGAGACUACUCGUUUUUCGUCGAUCGAUUUUCGUCGAUUGUUUGUCUAUUAUUCGCAAGGCGAGAGAAACCUCUCCGUGUGCGACUCUCGUCCUUUUUCGUUCCCCUUUUCUCCCGUUAAACGGCGAUGAAGUCUCUUUACUCCAGUUUCUCGACGCGAUCCUUCACGACUACUACUACCUCUCUCUCGUGAUACUCGAUAUUCGGGAUCCGCUGCACCGACCAACUCGGUUAGCACCCGGCCGACGACGAAUCCUGUCCCUUCCUGGGUCCCGUAGCUCCGGUUACGGGAGGGAGGGGGGAAGGAGAUGGGAGGAAGUGAACAGUCGAUUAGAGCGAUUACCGAGUGCAGCGGCCGAUCAUCGUGCUGAUUGAACGGCGAUUUUUCGCCGGGGAUUAUUCAACACGCGCGUCAAAAUGUAACGGCCGAGGCUUUCGCGCGAUCCGUCACGUUCGUUACCACAUCCUUUUAUUUCUCCCCCCCCCCUGCCGACAUUUCCCUCCUCGAGCGCCUUCUUGGGUUUUUUUCUCCCCUGGGUCGUUUCAUCUUCGUCAACGAAGGUCGUCGUUGAGCCGGGAGCCGGAGACGGCGAACACACACAUAGACACGCACACACACACACACACACACACACAUACAUACACACACAUACACACAUGUAUGCGCGCUCGGAGGAUCUCGAU